AGUUGAUUUUGACUUUUAGGGUGUAUAGAGAAUUGUAAAUAGUCUAGUAAUUGGUGCUCAUGGUUUGGUAAUUAUCAGUAUUUUAAUUUAAUUCUGGAAAAUGGAAAGGUUUGUAUUCAUGCUUCUUGUGGUGGGAUGUGCAAGCGAAACAAUGGACUUAUACAACAGUAAAUCUGCCACAACAGAUCUUAAAUGGACACCAUUUUCAACAGGAAUUGGUUGGGAAGAAGUAAGCAGUUACGAUGAAGGCCAUCGAACAACAAUACGAUCUUAUCAAGUUUGUCCUCAAGAAGAUACAACUGUGGAAUCGGAUAACUGGAUCCGAUCACCCUACAUUGAUGCGCGUGAUGGCAAGCUGAUUCAUUUAGAUGUAGAAUUCUCCAUAAACCACUGUUCACAUGACACAUUGCCCGAUAACAUGAAAAAAACUCAGUGCAAAGAAACCUUCAAUAUGUUUUACUACGAAGCGGACGGAGACGUAGCUACCAGCACUUUUCCUCCAUGGAGGGAAAAACCUUACGUAAAAAUUGACACAAUCGCAGCAAAUUCAGUGAAUCGAGUUAAUACCAAAACCUUCAGUUUUGGACCAAUUACAAGACGUGGCUUUUACGUUUCCGUUCAAGACCAGGGAGCAUGUAUGUCGCUCAUUUCCUUGCAAAUAUACUAUUUCUAUUGUGGUGAGACGUGGAAAAAUCUGGCAGUGUUUCCCAAAACAGUUUCUGGUGAUAGCAUGGCAUCACUGGUGGAAGUGGUGGGUUCUUGUGUGGAUCAUGCCGUGCAAUCAACCAACCUAGGAUCACCCGAAUACCGAUGUAACAGCAAUGGUCGUUGGCAAAUAAAUACGGGUGGUUGCGUGUGUGAUGUCGGGUUCCAACCAAAUAAUCAACAAACCAGAUGUCAACCCUGCCCAGAUGGGACUUACAAAGUAAGCAACACAAUAUCGGAAUGCCUCCCAUGUCCAAACAACAGUGGUUUUAAUAUCUCACAUACCAACCAUGCAUCUAACAAUGAAUGUCUGUGUAAUACUGGAUAUGCAAGGGCAUCUGGGGAAACUGUGAAUACACCAUGCACAGCUGCUCCCUCGUCCCCGCUAAAUCUGCUCGCCAGUGAGCAUGAUGGUCAUGCCGUAACCUUAACAUGGUUACCACCUGUUCAUUUGGGUGGCAGGAAAGAUAUAUUUUACAAAAUUGGCUGCAAAUCUACCCCAUUAUGGGAGCUUGAGCAAUUUAUCUCUUGUUCCAAUGCGUUGGUGUAUCAACCGCAUCUAAAUGAAGGGAAAAUAUUCAGUACGACUCUCCAGAUAUCCAAUAUGUCACCCUACACACAGUAUAUGCUAUCUAUUCAAGCAGCGAAUGGUGUCAGUGGUAUUAUUGACAAUUAUGACGUCACAAACAGCAUUGCUACUGUCACAGUAAACACAACCCAGUCAACUCCGUCAAGUGUUUACGGAAUCGAAACAAGUGAUAUCGAACCAACCUCAGCAACUUUAUCAUGGCAUGUACCUCGUUAUCCAAAUGGAGAGAUAAUUGAAUAUGUUGUAAAACUUCAAUAUGGGGGCCAUAGUAAUACACCAACUCUGGUCAAGACAAGUGACACAACAGUGCAUUUAGAUGGCUUACUCUCCAACACCAAUUACAUAGUUCUUAUCCAUGCAAGGACUGUGGCUGGAUUUGGUCCUUUCAGCAAACCGAUCUCUUUCAAGACCCUCACCCCAGCUACUAUAGCAAAACCAGUCACUGUCUCGCCCACUGUUAAUGUUCCUGUCAUUGCUGGCGCAGUUUGUGGUUUAGCGCUAGUAAUCAUUCUUAUAGUAGUGGUUUUGAGGUGCAGGAAAACAGGAAACUUUUUGUGUUUUACCUGCAAAAGAAUCAAUACAAAAGAUAUGGAAAUGUCUUUAGAUGUAAAAUCAGACCCAAUGAUUUCUGAGCGAUUAAUAGUUGACCUACCACCCCGAGAUCGAAUAUAUGUGAAAUACCCCAACCCCCAAACCGCAUUGGCCAAAUUUAAAUGUGAAAUAAACCCAUCAGCUAUUACUAUUGAAGAUGUAAUAGGUUCAGGUGAAUUUGCUGAAGUAUGUUGCGGGCGUCUCGUACAUGAAAACAAAACCAUAAAAGUUGCUGUGAAAAGAUUGAAAGAUUCAGCCACAAGUGUGGAUGAAACAAACUUCCUACAGGAAGGAGUUACAUUGACACAGUUUGAUGAUGCUAAUGUAGUUAAGAUACAAGGAGUUGUCACUAGUUCUCCGAAUAUUAUGAUCGUAUUUGAAUACAUGGAGAAUGGAGCAUUAGAUAAAUAUUUGCAAUUACAUAAGAAUGACAUUACAUUGUUCCAAUUACUUGAAAUGUUACGCGGCAUCGCAAGUGGAAUGAAAUAUCUUUCAUCAAUGAAAUAUGUUCAUCGAGAUUUAGCUGCAAGAAAUAUCCUCGUUAAUUCUCAACUUGUUUGUAAAGUAUCCGACUUUGGUCUUUCAAGAACUCUUGAGAAUGACCCUCAAGCUACCUAUACUACACAGGGUGGUAAGAUAGCUAUAAGAUGGACUGCACCAGAAAGUAUUUUAUUUCGUCAAUUUACAUCAGCAAGUGAUGUGUGGAGCUAUGGGAUCGUUAUGUGGGAAGUCAUGUCUUAUGGGGAGAAACCUUACUGGGAUAUGAGUAAUAAACAAGUUAUGGAAAGCAUACAAAAGGGAAUGAGGCUUCCUUCACCAAUGAACUGUCCAAAACCUCUGCAUGAUUUAAUGUUGGAAUGCUGGUUUGCUGAGGUAAAAGAUCGACCAAGUUUUCUUCAAAUUUUCCAGAAGUUGAAUCGCUUGUUAAGAGAUUGGGUGGAACAACCAGUAGCAAGUGUUGCCAGCAAGCCGACACCCAGAUUACACCGUGACAUCACAAACGUACAACAAUGGUUGGAUAAGUUAUGCAUGAGCGAAUACAGCGAAACUUUCAACGAAAAUGAAAUAAAGAACUUACAUCUUGUUUCCACACUAACUGCAAGUGAUUUAAAGGCAAUGGGCAUCUCCAAUGAAGAUCAUAAACGUGUAAUACUAGAUGGUGUGCUUGCUCUCAAACGUAGAUUCGCACAAGAAGUAUAAAUUGUCCGAUUUAUUGCGCAUGAGAUUACUAUAAGCUUAAAAACAACCGAAUUUUCUAAAGUGUUUUUUUUUACUAAGCAAUUGUACCUGUAGCAUGUGUUACAAACACGAAUGUUAAAAUAAAGCUUUGUUUAUA